AAGUUCUGUGUAAAUAGUUUGACAAGGAGCUGGCUUAUCACGACGCAAUUUGUAACUAUGGUUACGAUUUAUGUUUGGAAUCCAGACGCCGAAAUAGGGAGCGUAGGACAUGUUUCCUUGGAGGUUGACAACAACUCAACAUAUAUAAGCUGGUAUCCACUUAAUAACAAGACUAAACUUCAACAAAAAGCUACCAUAAAAAAAGCAUUACCAUCAUCGUACGAAGAAGACAGUUCACAUUUUGCUAUGAGACCUGCAGAUGGGAUAUUCAGAAUACCACGUGAUCUUGUUAGCGCUUCAAAAAUAACUGACUGGUGGACACACAACAAGCCAAGCAAACAAUAUCAUCUUUUGGCGCGUAACUGUGCAACAGUAGUUCGAGAUGCGUUGGUAGUUGGAUCAAGGCACCAGGUUCUUAUUUCGUUAUUGAAGCUGUUGUCAUGGAAAUGGUCUGUUACACCGAUGGAUAUAAGAACUUAUUGCACAAUUGUGAAAAAGAAAUUCAUAUUGAUAAACUUAGACAUUUUAAACAUCUUGAUUAUGUUAGGAACAUUGUUUCUGAUAGGAUUUGCCACAGUUGCUUUUAUAAAACUACUUUAUGUAUUAUUUAUUGACAGCCAUACAUUUUCACAAUUAAUACGCAUGUGCUUACGGAUCGUACUUAUUUUAACAGUUCUUCUCAAAUAUUUUGAGUGUACCCUAACUUUAGGUAUGAUUACUGCAUUGGUGUUAAUUUGCUGUUUCUUGGUAUAUAUGUUAUAUAUUUUUCUUUAUUACUCUUAUAUGAUUCUUGUGUUCAUUUCAUAUAAUAUUUAUUAUUGGUUUGAUUUUGUUGCAAAUGACAUUUCAAUAUUAUGUGGGAUUCUUCUCCUUGCAUCAAAAAACUUCAGCUUGUCGUUAUUUGUAGCAUUUAUCAUUUCCUUGACUCUUUGCAUGCUAAAGUUUAUAGCGGUAUGGAUUUUUUAUGAUAAUUGUGAUAUUAUUGUUUUGCUGCUUAUUGUUAUUUUAAAUAUAGAAAAAUAUAUUCAAACUAUAGGGCAGCAAAUUCGCAAUUACAUGACAACCGAGCCUUUAAACUGACAAAUAAGGACUAAUCAAAUCAACAGAAUGGACUACACGUGACAUGGUUAUCACAACAUACAUAUAUACAUAUUG